AUGACUGAAUAUAAAACAACUGGACCUACAUUAGCUAUUACAGAUGAAACAUCUUCAUCAAUAACAGAUAGUAAUACAACUAUUACAACAACUCUUACUUCAUUAAUGUUACUUAAUCCAAAUAAUAAUAAUCGAACGAAUAAUCCAUUAAGUCAUUCAAAUACAUCAUUUAGUUCAACAGAUCUUCGUUAUAAUAAUAAUCAUAUAUUCGAUGGUUAUCAUAUUUUACGAGGAAGAAAUCGAAAUAAUAAUUAUUGA